AAUCAUUGUAAACCCCUUCUUCUUCUCCAAUGUUAAAACGAAACAAACAGAGACUCUGAAAUACACAAAACAUUUUAAGGCAUAACAGAGAGACGACUGAGCGAACGAGAGUUACAGAAGAACCGACAGGUCGGUUGAAUGUGGCAUCGAUUUGAAGCUGGAAAUCAGCGGAAAGGAUUAUGGAAGAGGUGAGAAUGUUGGUUAGGUUUGGUGGAACAUGGGACACUUCGGCUGAUGGGCGGUAUGCUUAUAAUGGUGGUAGAUUGAGAGGAAUGAAAGUUGCGAAAGGGAUUGCAUACAAAGUUUUUGUGGAAUUAUUGUAUCGGACCAUCGAAGUGGAUGCAAAUGAAUACGUUUUGAAAAUGGAAGUAUUAUGGCAUUCGAGUUCCAUGCCUCUUCCCCCAAUGGAGAUAUGUAAUGAUUCUGAUCUUUGCUUUUUCUUAGAUGGAGGUUCUGGGUCAGCUAAUGACUUUAUUCCAUUGUGUGUCACACUGGUUCAUAAGGAUUCUACGCUGACUGUAGCAAGGUUUCCAGUACAUUACAUAUCGAAUUGUCACACUCAUUCUGUUUCUGGUAGUGAAAGUAAUCAAAUAGGUUCAACCAAGCCUAGCCCAAACGAACCAGAAUUAGAAACAAACCCACCAUAUGUACCAGUAGUGACAUUUAAGGAACAGUUGUCCAUGUCUCAACCACAAAUGUCACCAUCACCAUUGUCUCAGCAACCAACCUUAGUCAACGAUGACACGCAAGGUGAUACGCAUCAUGUUGAUGGAACUCUGAAUACUGCAGGUGCUUAUGCUGUGUGGAAUGAAGAGGGUGUUUUGGAAGGGGUUGAGAGGCGGAACCAGGUGAAGGAUGAUGCUCCUGCGAACAAUGUGAAGGAUUCACGUAAAAAUGUUCGUGCGAGGCCUUCAAGGAAGUUUUCUUAUUUGCCAUAUCUGCCAGAGUGUGAUGCUACCAAAUUAACUGAUUCUGAUGAUGAUGCAUUUGUAGUUGGGCAGACAUUCGCAUCCAAAAAAGAGCUGCGAAAGAGUUUAAACCUUGAUGCGAUCAAGAAGCAUUAUCAAUUCAAAAUCUCUAGAUCAACCACAAAACGGUUUGAAGCAAUUUGUAUAAACAAAGAUUGUAAGUGGCGUGUCUGCGCAAUAAAGUCUCAAGAGAAUGAUAAUUUCAAAUUAAGGAGGUUGCAUUUAUACCAUUCAUGUGCAACUGACCAAGUAUCCGGAGGCCAUCGUCAAGCAACCAGCCGGCUUGUUGGUUAUCACGUCAAGGAACAGCUACUAGACAAACAAUGUGAGUAUAAACCAAGAGAAAUCAUGGAGGACAUGCGAAAUCGUUAUGGGAUUGAACUAUCUUAUAACAAAUGUUGGAGGGCUAGGGACUGUGCUAUCAAAGAAAUCAAAGGAUCACUAGAAAAUUCUGAUGAAUUGUUUGCGUCAGCUGAGAAAGUAGUAAGAAAGCGUGCUCCCAGUGGCAUUGUACGGAAAAAGCGUGAUCCAAGUAGUAUUGUACCAAAAAAGUGUGGUCAAUGUGGUGCGUAUGGACACAAUCGUCAAACAUGUAGGAAUCCAACUCCUCUUCAACCCUCAUCUGAAGGUAAAACUUAGACAUGAAGAACAAAUCUGCAUCGAAAUCUAACUUAUUCCAGUGUUAUGUAGGUAACGAAUAUCUGAUUUAUCAUGGCAUUAUAUGCAAGUUAUUGCAUUUUAUGUUAAUUUAUCAGAUGGAGGUUUAUUAGACAAUGUUGUAUCAUAUGCUGGUAUCUACUAUUUAACAAAAACAUAUUAAUAUAUGUGAGCUUUCACAUUACCGUGAUAAAUCUAAUUUUU